CGUGGCGGCGGGCGGGCGGGCAGGCAGCCGGCACCCCGCCCCGCCCUGCCCGGCCCGGCCCGGCUCUGCCCUGCCCAGCCGGGCGGCGGCGGCAGCGGCGCCAUGGGGCUGCUGGAGCGGCUGCGGAAGGACUGGUUCAUCGUGGGCAUAGUGCUCGUCAUCGCCGUGGCGAGGCUGGAGCCCGCCGUCGGCGUUAAAGGGGGACCCUUGAAACCAGAAAUUACCAUAACUUACAUUGCUGUUUCAGCUAUAUUCUUUAACAGUGGACUCUCAUUAAAAACUGAGGAGCUGACAAGUGCUUUGAUGCACGUGAAACUACACCUUUUUGUCCAGAUUUUUACACUUGCGUUCUUCCCAACAGCAAUAUGGCUCUUUCUUCAGCUAUUAUCAAUCACACCUAUAAAUGAAUGGCUUUUAAAAGGCUUGCAGACUGUAGGCUGCAUGCCACCUCCUGUGUCUUCUGCAGUAAUUUUAACCAAAGCUGUUGGUGGAAAUGAGGCAGCUGCUAUAUUUAAUUCUGCUUUUGGAAGUUUUUUGGGCAUUGUUGUAACUCCACUUCUGCUUCUGCUUUUUCUUGGAUCAUCCUCCUCUGUGCCUUUUACAUCUAUAUUCUCGCAGCUGUUUAUGACUGUUGUAGUCCCCCUUAUUAUUGGACAGAUUGUCCGAAGAUACAUCAGGGACUGGCUUGAAAGGAAGAAGCCUCCAUUUGGCGCUAUCAGCAGCUGUGUGCUCCUGAUGAUCAUCUACACCACAUUCUGUGAUACUUUUGCCAAUCCAAAUAUCGACCUUGACAAAUUUAGCUUGAUCGUAAUAGUGUUCAUAAUAUUUUCUGUUCAGAUGAGCUUCAUGUUUUUGACCUUCCUCUUCUCUACAAGGAAUGACUCUGGUUUCACACCGGCAGAUACAGUGGCUAUCAUUUUCUGUUCCACACACAAAUCCCUCACCCUGGAUGAAGUGACUAUUUGACCUUUAAUUAUGAGCCUUGCUAUUGAAAAUGACAUUGAGCUAUGGCUUCACAUAAUCCAUCUGGAAAGCCCGACAUGAUGCCAUUCCCUGGAGUUCAUUCAGUGAGAAGAGAAGAGGCCUCAAGGAAGUGCAAAGCUAUCAGUGUGGCUCAUCUAAACAAUACUGCAGAGCUGUUGCUUGGACUUACAUGAAAGUUGCAGCCAAGUACGGAACAUUAUUUUAUCUUUGGCAGAGUUGGCAGAGUGAAUUACUAGCCAGAAGUUACAACUCCAAAAUAAAAAAUUAGGAUAGUCAAAAAAUAUUUUUAAUUUACUUUGUGAUACUUUUAAUUUACUCUGUGAAUUUAUUUUAUGAAUAGAAAAUGGAGUAGUGGUACUUAUUUGGCUCUCACAAGUGCAAAUGUCUGGAAUGCAGGUAUGAUGAACCGCAGAUUAGUUUAAAAAAAACAACUUAUAAUGAAAUCAGGGUAUUUUGUGAUGCAUAGUGCAUUUUUCCUCAUUUGUAUUUAACAAUGUUGCUGUUCUUUCAUUGUGGAAUUCUUAAGGUAAUGCAAUCAAAGUUUCUAGGGUACAAAGUACUUCCAGGAAAGAAUAAUUUUCAAAAGAAAAGACAAAGCCCUUUGUAUUGUUUUAAUUUCAUUCAAAUUUAUUUUUUUGAAAUACUCAGCUACUUACUCUGUGAGUACAGAAUUGAUAGUCUGUCCUUGAACAAUUUUUAAAAGCACUGUGUAAUGCACAAGUGGAUUCACAGACAGCUCAAUUGUCUGUGAGCAGAUCAUCUAGGCUAUGGAUUAAUCAGCCCAUGCUUUCCCUCAAGUUCCCCAGCUGCACAAUGUGACAGUGCAUCGUGCUCACAUAUAGCUCCAAUCUGCUCACAGCUAUCUAGAGUUUGCUCAUGUUUUCUACAGAUCUCUUUACAAGUUUUUCAGAGGUAAGUAAUUAUAUUUGCACACCCUAAGCCACUGCUGUUUAAUAUUAGUUGUGUUCUUGCUUCAUCUGGUUGUUCCUGUACCCAAAGUCUGUGAAAUGCUGCACUAAUCAAAAGCAGGCUCUUAUUUUGUGGUGAUAAUCACCUUUUCCUUUAGACAGAAAAAUGGCAAACUGUUCUAACUUGUGUUAAAAUAAAACAUAGAUCACUUUGAUUUUAACAAGGAGGCCUCAAUUAAUAAUUCUGUGAUAGAAGGUAAGAUUGCAAAGUCAGAUGCAUUGCCCUAAGUGAAUAUUCAAGCCAAACUCUGUGGUUGCUUUUCUCUGCUCCUGGCAGAGAAUUGUCCUCUAAGGUGGUUAUUCACCAAGGGACGAACUGUGACUAGCAGUGAAUGUGUGAAUAAUUCCAUAAAGAUGUAAAAAAUAAUCCUGGUGAAUUGCUCUCUAAAAGUUUUCAAGAGUAAGAUUUGUGAUAGUAUUUUCUACUUUCAAAAUUUUCCUGUGAAUGUUGAACAAGAGGCAUUACUGCUGGUAUCCUGUCAUACUUCCUGGUGUUACUAGUGAUUGAAUUUGCAGAUAUUCUUAUCUGUUCCAGACUUUUAAUCUCAUUUCCUACCCAGCUGUUAGAGUGAUGUAAAUGAAAAUGAUCUGGCUACUACUCUGACUGGAAUAGGUGGGGUGUUGACCCUCAGAGAAGAAGGGAAGCCAAUGGGAGAAAUGUGAUAGAAAGAGUGUGUCAUGUGAAUACCAUGUCUGGGCUACGUAUCCCUCACUUCUUCCAGAGGGUUAGGAACAGAAGGGCCCUCUUGAUCCCAUGCCUGCUUCUGAGAUCCCAGGCGAUUUAGUUGCUGCUAAAACCUUUCACCAGUUUUGUUAGCAUGAUUCUUUGGGUCAAACUGAAAAGUUUUUCUCAUCUCUUCAGUUUUCACACAGCAAUUGCUUGGAAGAAGCAACAAGUCAUUGGUUGGGCUUUUUCCUCUUCUCUAUAGUUCACCAUCUCUUUUUUCUCUGUCUCUGGAAAAUAAGAACUGAGGGUUUCAUAUUACAUGAGAUGAUAGGGGGGUGAGCAGAAGCACCCAAAUCUACUAGACUUCUCUCCUGUCCGCAUCUUUCUUUGUAGCCUAACUUGAGGGCAGCUGGAUUAUCUUUCCUAGCUCAUUAGUUUUGUAGAAGCAAUGUUUAGUUCUUACCAAACGAUAUUAUCAAACAGGUCAUUAUCAUGUAAUCGGCAUGGCUUUUUUCUCAGCAGACCCCUAAGGAAGCCUGGGGAAUGCUGUUAUUUCCAGUAUGGCUGCCAGAUCAGAAUACUAGCAAAACCAAAUUUAGGUUCGAGGCAAAGAUUUAUGUAAUUGGAAUAGUAUUUAUGUUUCCUGCUUGCACAGACUGCCUAAUGCACCCAAGGUGACAUGUCAUUUUGCUGUAUGUGCAAACAUUUCUCUAAUACUAAGCCCACCACUUGCUUUAAGGAGACUCUCUGUGAGAAGUCAAACUGACAGUUUUGAGUAGGCUGUGGUCACUGGGAUAGUAUGCAUCGGAGCAUAUCUUUUAUUUCUCCUUGCUACUCACAUAUGUAGCUGGGCAAGUACCACUGCUCGUCUCCUUCAUACCAGGACAUCCCAAUGGGCUGUACUUUCAGGAAGGAAAUGCCCUGGCAGGCCAACACCAAAGCAAGAAAUGGUUUAUUUCAAUGAGUUCUAGUGGCUCUCAGACACAGGGUACCUGAUUCUCCGUUGCUUUUUUAUCACAAGAUUUGCAAUGUAGCAUAUCUAAUAUAUUGCAGUUUACUCAAUGUUGACUUCUUUGUGAUUCCAGAAGGGAAAUACUGGAGGAAAUUAGGGAAUCUCUUUUCCUUUCUGACCUGAAACGUAUGUUUCUUUCAUUAGACUUUGAAUGUGGCUAGAAAUUCUGCACCAGCUCCCAGGGCUUCCUUUUCAUCUGUAUACUCUGCCAGUAGUAGGUUUUUUAUUAAUAUUUAGAAAGUUUGCCUCCAGCAGUACUAAAAUGUGCAUCAGAGGACAACAGUUGUUUACUGUGUUUGAACUGAAGAAUCUCACCCAGGAGAUCUCAUUCACUUGAAGUUUACAUCUCUCAAUCUCGACUUACAGAAAGAGAUCGAUGAAUAACAAUUGUCAUUUCAGAGUUGCACCUCUCCAAUUAUUUAUUUGGUUGUGUGUCUUCCCAGAUGUACACAUAAUUGGAUCAGACACUAAAAACCAGAUUGCAGGUUUUUAAUGACAGCAAGCUCGUACCUCUUUAUAAUAAAAAAACAAAAAAAAUAAACACGUAUCCAUCUGUAAAAUGAUAAUGACACAAGAGCCCUCCUAACCCUCCCUCCCCACCAAAAACAGUUAAAGUUAAUUUAUCUGCUUUAAGAAACAACAUUAUACUCAGCAGACAGCUGACAGGUUACCCUCGGGAAGAUCCACGUUUGGACAUGACUCAAGAAUUUUUUUUACUUCAAUCUGGCAGAGGCUACAAGUGUCACCCAUGCUAAAACUGUGAGUAUUGAAGAUGAUGUUGAGUCUCCCUGAGAGAGUUGCAUCUACAUUUGCUGCUCUCAGUGCACCUUCUGGCAGCCAGUCUGAGCUGCUGACUCCAGACACUUCUGAAAGAGUGGGUGCAAAGACAUAAAAAAAAAAACAACACCAACAACAGCAACAAAAAUUAGAAAUCCUACAGUUCAUGGAAUUUCAGAAUUUUAGGAUGUGAAAUAGUAUCCCUUAGUAUUUCUAGGUAGUGUGCUGUUUUCUCAAAAUGCCUUCCCAAAUGACUGGAACAUUAAAGCUUUUCUGGCCUCAUAGCUCUUUUUCUUGGACUCAGAAAUCAGGUAAAGAGAUGAUUGAAGGAAAAAUAUGCUAGUAUUCCUAACAUUAUUUUUUUUUCUUUGUGAAAAGAAUAUUUUUUCAUUUUAUCAUUUAUAAUGAAUUUGUGGUAUCGUGUUUUCCUUUGCGUCAAAGCUUCAGGAGAAAAUGACUUAAAAAAAAAAAUCUAAUUAGAAGAUAUGACGCAGUUUGGGAUAUAAUCCUUUCCUUCUUGUGUUUACAAAAAUAACAGGUGUGACUAUAAAAUAAAAUUAUACUUUUAAAUAUAUAUAUGUAAAUAAAUCCACAUAAUCAAGACUUUAAUGCUGAGAGAGAUGUUGGCCUCAGCUGCAUGUGGAAGGGGCAGUAAUGUUGAAGGAAAUAAACAAAUCAAAUAUCAGCUUAUGUUUUUAGGAAAUUUGUCAGUCUGGUUGUCCAGAAUUCCUUUCAUUAGUGGAUCUAACAUAUUAAACCUCCAAAAAGUAUUAAAUACAAGAAUUGUAGAGAAGGGAAGGAAGUGUUUAAAUUCUAUUUAUUUAAACUUCAUAGCUUAGAUAUUAAUAGUGAAUUACAAGGAAGAUUUUACCCUAUGCCUUGAAUAUAUUAUGUGUGUGAAGAAUGAAUUACCUCCAAGCAAUAAAAAGCACUGAAGUGUUAUGGUCAGCUUACAACAUUGCUAUGCCUGCGUUGUGGUCCCAAAUUAAGGAUGUCGCAUCUAAAAUAUGACUCAUGAUGGUUCAAUUCAUUCUUGUAUUCCCUGUUAACUAAUUAUUACUACCAUGUUGUCAGGCAGGUGGAGGAGGUGUUCUAGAGUCUGAGGCACUAGUCUUCAGUUGUUGGUGUUAAAUGUUUCAUUGUUGGCAGCUGGUAAGAUUGCCUGUGUUGUUCACUAAACAUCACCUCCAAUCUGAACACAUGCAUUGAAAACCCAGAAAUAGACAAACUGUACUUUCUUCCUCUUCCAUCUUUUACAUUAAUUUACUUAAAAAUUUGAUAGUAUCACAAUGUCUAGUUUUCUAGUAACUACUUAGAUUUCACUUAAAAUUGCUGAUUUAUGAUGAGUAUAGAGAGCCAGUUACCUGAAGAACAGGAAUUACUAAAAGCAUUCAAAGCAUACUAGGUUGUUUUUUUCUUAGUUAUGACAAAAAAAAAUCCUUAUUAUUACUUACUUCCUUUCCUUCUCCUUCUUUAUUUGAAUAUUAGACCAGCAAAGUCUCUUACAACAUAGUGUGGGUCUCAGUGAAAUUCUUGCACUCUUAUGGUAAUUGUAUGGACCACACUGUGUGAUCACAUCAGUCUGAUUCAGUACAGAGCCUUCUCAAUAUUUCUAGGCCUCUGAAAGAGGUAAGUCACCUAGUGUAGUGCAAGGGCCUGUUGAACGUUAUGGUAAAUCAGUUCUUUCCCAAGGAUGGGGAUGAAAGUGAAAAUGUUUGAUGAUUAGGGUCCAUGCAGAUCUCCAACUUAACCAGGACAGCUCACUCACCUUUUUGCAGUUUUCCCCUGCAGCCAUUCCAGACUCCUUUAAUCUCUCAUCCAGUCCCUUGUAAAACCUCCUGAUUAGAUGUUUGUUUUUACCACUUCAUGAGUCUCUUUUUUUUGCUUUUCAUACACUUAUUACUGAGCUGAAAUAUGAAAACAUUAUCUUUCCCCACCCCGACAAUAUUUUAAGCCCAUGUCUUUGUACAGCACGUAUACUUGUGUGGGCAGAAAGGCAAGGGGUAGUAGUCUCAAUUGCUACAAACACUGCAGGUCCUUCCCAAUCAGUCACUGAGUGUCAUAUCACCUGGAGGCAGUUGUGGUUGUGUUGAUGGAUGAUUUCCUUAUCCCUACCAGUAAAAGUUAGAUUUCUAUGGUAACACUAGGUUUUGUCACCGAAGUGUGAUUGAACCAAAAAUGCCACAAACCGUUGUGCAGGCCUGUCUAGCCACUGUGAAUGUAGUCUUACCUUGAUAUGGUUAUUUCCUUUUGGACAAGAGAGUAGUUAAUGCCAUCUGUUACUUCUCUCAACCUUGAUGCCCCUGCAGGGUACAAAUUGACUUUAAGGUCUACGAUCUCUUGAUUAGGACUGAGAACAACAACAAAAAAAAUCCUAGAGUUACAGGUGGAGAUUGGCUGGAAAAGGAUGACCAAAUUCUACUCUGAGGAAGUUUUUGUCUGGGGAAGAGCUUGGCUGACUGUUUUAGGACAAGCUUGCAGUAAUCUAUUCUCCUUCCAGUUUAAUGUGAAUUCAUAUUACAUUGGAAGGUGCUUUCUUCAGCUGAAAGUGGUUGUACUCAGUAGUGAGCGAGUAUUUGUACUGUUACUGGUAGUCAGAUAUCAUUCAGCUAUUCCCAUAACUGAAAGAAACUGGUCCUGAGGGAAGAGCAUUUAACUUGAGUUCAGUGCAUAUUUAGGUGAGGGUAAAGAAUCCUUAACUGGUUAUUUUGUCAAAAGCACCAUGAUAUCAGUAUGUCAUAGCAGAGUCUUAACAAGGGCAAUAAACAACUUCUAUCCCUGGGUAGCCUUCACUGAGGAAAGACACAGUAUAUGAACUUCUGCCUCCUCAAAACUAACCAUUGCAAUCUGAUUUGCCCUGAAAAAAAAGCAGGGAAAUCCUUAAGAAAGUUUGCAAACCAGAGAUUAGCAGUAUGUUGCCACUCUGGCAGCUGUCUGCAUGAGCAACCUUUCUCUAAUCCUGUGUACUGGAUUUUUCCAGAUCUCACCACCCUUUCCUACCAUGCAGUCACUGGACUGCAUGUGAUGCUAUUCUGAAAUUCAGCAGUAAAAUUUCAGGUGCUCAUUCGGCACUGUCUUUGCAGAGAGAAACUCAGAAACCCCCUGUUUUGGCAGUUUAGGAGGGGUUUAAUGCAAUAUAUGCCUCCCUUUGCGGGCUUCUCAGUUUAAAAAAAUGAAAAGCUUUUUGGCCUACUGAUGUUCCCUUCACAUCAACCCCUGAGAGGAUUCUUCAGAAAGACAGCAUAGCAUAGAGAGUGUCAGAGAAGCCACCAUUCAUACACCUGUUUCAUUUUGUAUAUUGCAGUUGAAGAUUAUGGCAAUUGAGAAUUCUGAAAUGUAUAGAUGGGAGAAAAGGGAACUGAAAGUGCACAGGUUAAGGAUUUUCUUCUGAGUAUUUCCACUGCCUCUCUCUAACAGUUGUUUGACGCUCUGAUUCCUUGUGAUUUCAUAGCCUUAAUGAUGACCUCUUUGUUUUGUACCAAAAUCUCUUUUCCACAGAAGAAAUGCUGGAGCAUUUUGUGAUUUGGAAUUUGUUUCAGUAAUGUAAGCAAUAAAGUUUUAGGAUAAAUUGUUUGUUAUAAAGACAUUUAAGGGGAAAAACCUAUACAGUGAAGUAUCUAAGUAGAGCAUCUAGCAAUAAUUCUGCUUUGGGUGUGAGAGAUAAUGGCCUAUGUUUCAGUGGUAAUAAAAAUGUUCUAUUAAGUUCUCUGAAUCCAUCGCAAUGUGAUAGAAAACAGCAAAUGAUGAAACACUGCUUUGAGGGGAGCUUACACAUCCAGUGAGCAUAAAAUAAACAUAUUAAAAUAAUAAAAAAAAAAAAACUGGUUUCCAGUACUUAUUGUUUUAUCACUUCCAUCAUGGGUAUAGGAUAAAAGAAAACUCUUACUUGCUUGUUAGAAGAAGAAAGCUCUUACUUGAAGUUCUUACUUGGCAGAUGUCAGUUGAAAGCUCUGCUAUGGAAUAUGCUGCAACGUCAAACUCUGUUGGGUAAUUUUAGACAAAUGUGUCAUGUGUGACAUGGAAAUAUGGCAUGCUGUACAUUAGUGAUUUCCCAAGUGUUUGGAUCAGGUAGUAAUGUGCUGAGAAAGUGCUCUUUAUCUCUCCGCGCUGUGUACUUGUAUAGCAGUGGGGAAAGGCUUUUGGUAGAAAUUACUUUAGUCAGAAAAAGAAUCCAUUUACAAUAUGUGCCUUCUAACAUCCUUCAGACAAUGCAUUGUAUUAAAGAGGCAUUUUUUGAUUAAUGUUUUAUAAACAUUUUUCAGCAUGACAGCUUAAAGUCCCUGUAAAAUUGUAAAUGCGUGCAUAGUGCUCACUUCCAUAAAGUCAAAUGCCAUCUCAUAAAGUCUGGUUGGAUCCUGUCAGUGACAGUGACACAGAAUCAGUACCUUAGAGCAUUAAAAUUAAUUUGCUUCAUUUAUAUUACUGCCAUGAUAGCUAGAUGA